UUCCAAUCUUGUGAGUUAGCUAAUGGAUGAUGAAUGUAGAAUUGUUGGCUCAGUUGAAGUGAUCUUAUCUGUGUGAAUAAUUAAGAGCAGAGCUCAGCACAGUGCAGAAGGGUUGUCUCACGUUGUCUCACAUUCUUUUCUUUUUGAACUUUCUCUCGACCAAAUUAUGGCCGUAAAUGUGGAGUCAUAUUGAAGGAAUCUUUUCCAAGCAAUACAUGACUACAUUGCACAUCUGCUACCACAGCUGCUGCAGGUCCCAUUUCAACAUCCUUAGUUUGCAGACGCGUUUCAUGGAAGCAAGAUGAACUAAAGCUUGGAUUUAUCAAUCUGUAUCGAGAUGGACUGCAAUCACGGAAGUACUUUUCAUUUCUUAUGAAGGCUCUCUGGAUAACGUACUGUUGUACUUUCUUGACGAUGACAAGUCUGGAAGGAGAGUGACAGAGCUGUGUUGAUAGCUCAAGAGACACAUGCAGUUAUGUUCAAAUGAUUCUCCAUCCAGCAAUAUCAUGCUCUGUUUCACAUUCCUGUGGAUUUAAUAGAACUCACGGGAAAGAGUGAAGGAAUGUAAACCCAAGAUGAACUGCAACGGAGAAGCGACAGAUAGCAGGGGAGUAGGAACUUGGAAAAGACAAACAGUGUUUCAGAUUAGACUUAGAAAAGAGCUUAAAAAAGGAAAAUAAAAAUGCACACAUCUGGUUUUUGAAUCAUGGCUGAAAAAUGCGCAGGACGGUCUGUGGUUUUAUUCUCACUCUUGGCCAUUGUAGUUUCCUUCUCAGGAAUUACUGACGUUUUAGGCAAAAAUCAUAUUGAUGAGGAGUUGGAGAAAAUCACAUUUCAAGGAGCCGGAAGCACCAACGGGCAUCCGGAAAACUGGCCGGCGAACCUUCACCCCAACCUGUAUUUUCACCAGGUGGACAUACAGCAGCAGAGAUCUGCCACGACGCACAGACAUAUUUUUAAAGUUAUCCGGCUUGCUGUUGGGACUAUGCUCGCCAAUGCUGCCCUCUAUCUACCCCCGGUUAAGCAUGAGGAAUUUUCCAGCAAAUGGAAUGAAAUUUAUGGUAACAAUCUCCCCUCUCUCGCUCUGUACUGUUUGCUCUGCCCCAAAGAUACAGCUGCCCAUCAAUUCUUAAUGAGAUACAUGGACCAGAUGGCAGUGUACCCUAACUGGACGGUGACCAGCGCUCCCAACGACGAGGUUCCCAUGGCUCACUCCCUCACAGGAUUUGCCACAGCCUAUGACUUCAUCUACCCUCUCCUGGAGACAUCGCGAAGGGCACGCUACAUGAAGAAAAUACGUGCCGCCACAGAGGAGCUGUACGAACUCUCCAAACACAGGGGUUGGGGGAAGCAGUUUUUACAGAAUCACCAGACUACCAACAUCUUAGCCAUCCUGACCGGCGCCCUCGUGGUGGGAGCACACAGUGACCCGGAGACAAUGAUGUGGAAGCAGGUGGCCGUUAACUACAUGGAAAAGACCAUGUUCCUCCUCAGUCACGUAGUGGAUGGCUCGCUAGAUGAGGGUGUGGCCUAUGGGAGCUACACCGCAAAGUCCAUCACUCAGUACGUUUUCCUGGCGCGUCGCCACUUCGACAUCGACAACACCCAGAACAACUGGUUGCGGGCGCACUUCUGGUUCUACCACUCCACACUUCUGCCAGGCUUCCAGAGGACAGUGGGCAUCGCUGACUCCAACUACAACUGGUUCUAUGGACCGGAGAGUCAGCUGGUGUUCCUCGAUGCAUUUGUGCUCCGGGACGGCACCGGAAACUGGCUGGCCCAGCAGAUCCGUAGACAUCGUCCCAAAGAUGGCCCCAUGGAGCAGUCAGCAGCCCAGCGCUGGGCCACCUUACACACUGAGUUCCUGUGGUAUGAUAGUGAGCUCUCCAAGCAACCACCAGCCGGGUUUGGCAAAGCAGUACUGCACAUGUUCUCAAACUGGGGUGUGGUGACUUACGGGGCUGGUUUAUCAUAUGGUCAAGGCAACACAUUUGUCUCCUUCAAAUCGGGGAAGCUGGGCGGUAGGGCAGUGUAUGAUAUUGUCCAUUCAAAGCCCUACUCCUGGCUGGAGGGCUGGAGCAAUUUCAAUCCGGGCCAUGAGCACCCAGACCAGAACUCCUUCACCUUUGCCCCUAAUGGACAGGUAUUUGUUUCAGAGGCACUGUACGGCCCCAAAUACAGCUACCUCAACAAUGUCUUGACGUUCGCCCCGUCUCCCACAAGCCAGUGCAAUCAGCCCUGGGAGGGGCAGCUUGGAGAGUGCGGCAAGUGGCUGCGGUGGGCGGAGCCUGAGGUCGGCAACACAGCCGGUGAGGUCAUUAUAGCUGCAUCCCAUGGGGAUUCUCUGUUCAUUAGUGGAGAAUCGGCAUCGGCCUACUCCUCUGUGAUGGGGCUGAAGAGCGUAUACCGUGCCCUUGUCUUGCUCAACUCUCAGACUCUGCUGGUGUUUGACCAUGUGGAAAAAAGCAAGGAGUCUCCGUUGAGUACUCUGAGUGCUUUCUUUCACAACUUGGACAUUGAUUUUAAAUAUGUCCCUCACAGGGCUUUAGACAGGUACAAUGGGGCACUGAUGGACGUUUGGGAUGCUCACUACCAAAUGUUUUGGUUUGACAGUCAGGGGAAUAGUCCAGUGGCGAGAAUACAGGAGGCAGAGCAGGCUGCUGAGUUUAAGAAACGAUGGACCCAGUUUGUCAACGUGACCUUUCCAAUGGAGGGCACGGUCACCAGAGUGGCCUAUUUGAUGCACAGUCCCAAUGUAAAAAUCUCCAACUGCAGAUUCAUCGAAAAUAGUAAAAAUGGAGUACGACUCUCUAUUGUCGUCAACGGCACAGAAUCCAUUGUGUCCAUCGUAACAAACUACAAUGACAUUGGCGCCAGAUAUAGCUACUUGGGCUUUGGGGGAUAUGCAAAGAUGCAAAGCAGGCAUCAGAUAAUCCACUUCGGUCUGGGAGUUCAAACGAUGACUGAACAAAACACUGUGGAUCCAGUCUAUGACUUUGGGUUUAUGGUUAAUAUAGUGGGAGGGCUGACACUGUGUCUCGCCAUUGGGUUUUUAAUCCUGCAGCGCACGUUUUAUUUCUGCUUCCGCAAGAUCAUGCGCUAUACUUUUAUGUUUGUUCUCCUGCUGUGGGUCGUUGAGUUUCUGUUUGUCUCCAAUAGCUGUGAUUGGCUUGUCUGUGUCCAAACAGUGUCCGAUCUGCCCCCAAACCCUCUCCCCACAGUCGUCGUUACAUCCCUGCCAGGGUCUGGGGCUGAGGUUCUCAAGCCCCUGUUCUAUAACAGCUCUGACUUUGUUUAUCUCCAAGUCCCCACAGAGCACCUAGUCAUCCCGGACACUGAGUUCAACUUUGACCCCCUGGUGGAUGCCUGCGUGUGGUCCAGACUAGAUGCGGAAAGAGGUCACUACAAGGCCAUCCAGGGCUGGUUCCAUUCCUUGGUCUAUAACCCUAGACUUCACCUGCAGAACAUUCAGUUGCACAACGAGGGCAGCUGGAAUGAGAUUGAGGUGGAGCUUUCUGGAAAGAGGAGGAAGCCAAUUCGUAGGCAGUCAGGGUCAAGGGGGAGUUCAGAUAGAGAUGGGGAGUAUGUUCGGGAGCUAAGGCGGCACAUGGAGAAGUACCCUAAUGCCCGCCCUGUCCUCAGCUUGAGCAGCGGGAGCUGGACCUUGAAACUCCCGUUUUUCAGAGAGGUGGUCGGUCACUCAUUUCGGGCAUUGCACGUGGUGCGAGAUCCUCGCGCUUGGAUUUACCUUAUGCUCUACAACAGCGAGCCAAGCCUCUAUUCUCGCAAGAAUGUGCAAAAACAUGUCGCUGCAAUUUUUAAGCAAGAGAGAAACGGCGGGAGAAGCAAGUGUACACUAGGGUUCACCCAGGAAUUCUUGACAUUGCACAGCGUCCUCUCUGAUCCAGAGAUGGAGCCGGUGCUGCUACUGGCCCAUCUGUGGCUGGCCCACACAACCACGGCACUCCAGGUCAACGGCGACCUCACCGCCUCUUACCUUCAUGUGAAAUUUGAGGACAUUGUGCAAUAUCCUGAGGAGACAGCAGGAAAGAUACACACGUUUCUCGGGGUUCCCGUGGCCCCAGCUGCCCUCAACCAGCUCAUGUUCGCCACCUCCACCAACCUGUACAACCUGGUGUAUGAGGGAGACAUAUCGCCAGCCAGCAUCAAUGUGUGGAGAGACAAAAUGCCCAUCCACGAGAUCAGAAUGAUAGAGGACACAUGCUUAAAGGUUAUGGAGAGGCUUGGGUACUCAAGGUACUUAAGUUAAUAGCUGCUGUAUGACGUCCUACCAUGGACACCGUACUUUUGGUUUUGUUGACAUGUAUACUUUGUUGUUGUAUAUUUUGCACAUUCCACUAUUAUGAUACGUUUAAUUGUCCAGUCCUUGUUUAUAGACUGGGAUGUAUAAAAUAGAACAGAGUGAUGUGCUCCUUAACACUUUUUUUUAAAGUGUAUGAUUUGUCUGACUAACGUGAUGUGUUUUCAUCCAAACAGUUUUGAAGUUUGUUGGCUGGUUAUUUAGCCACGCCCAGAAUCUCCUGGCUAGCAUUUUUGGAGCAUGUAGCAAUGCUAGGGGGACACGGAUUGUUGAUUCAACAUUAAACAAAUCAGCAACCACAGCUAGUGAAAUCUCUGCAACCCUAAACAAAGAGUUGCAGUUUGUUUUUAGCAUGGGUGGCUAGUACUAAACUGGUCCUGAACCUCUCUAAAACUAAAAGCAUUGUAUUUGGUACAAAUAAUUUAGAGAUGUUCUGCUUUUUUGACACCACACUCCACAAAGCAAGUCCUGCAGGCUCCAGUUUUAUAUUGUCUUGAUUUUUUGUCCAUUUAUAUGGUUAAGUGCUGCAAAUAAGGACCUAAAAAAAUGGCAGCUGGCCCAGAACAGAGCGACACAUCCUGCUCUUCACUGUAAUCAGAGGGCUAAAUAUCAAUAUGUUGCAUGCCAGUCUUGGCUAAAAAAUAGAGGAGAGACUGACUGCAAUCGUUUCUUUAUUUUUUAUUUUUAAAGAAACAUUUAUUUGCUGAAAAUUCCAAAUUGUUUGAAUAGUCAACUUACACACAGCGCUGACACACACACUUACCCCACCAGGCAUGACGCCAGGGGUCUUUUCACAGUCCCCAAAUCCAGAACGAAUUCAAGGAAACAUACAUUAUUAUAUAGAACUCCCUUCCAUCUCAAAUAGCUCAAGUGAACAGCAAACCUGGCUGAC